AGCUUACUAAUCAUCUUCACUUCACUUCAUGGCCAGACCCCAACCGCGUUACAGAGGCGUCCGUCAAAGGCAUUGGGGCUCAUGGGUCUCCGAGAUUCGCCACCCUCUUCUAAAAACAAGAACAUGGUUAGGAACAUUCGAGUCAGCCGAGGAUGCCGCACAAGCUUACGACGAGGCAGCAAGGUUAAUUUCCGGUCCGACGGCCAAGACCAAUUUCCCUUUCAACCAGUCUACUCAUCACUCAUUGACCACUAAAUUUCUCUCACCUGCUCUCAUUGCCAAACUACAAAGAUGCCAAAUCGCAUCUCUUGACAUUAUCAAGAAAAACACGUCCGCUAAUGAGGGCCAAUUGUGUGAAAACUUUUGGGAGAAUACUGCGAGUUGUAGUAGUCGAGUGGAAAGAGAAGACCUAAAAGAAGUUAAGCAACUCGAAGAUGAUGACAUUGAGGAGAUGAUAGAGGAGCUGCUCGAAUAUGGGUCUAUGGAGUUUUGCUCUGUUUAAGCUAAAUAUUUUUUAUGUUCUGUUUUAGUCAUAAAUAAUUAAACCUACUCCUUUGCUACAUUCAUUCAUAACAAGUUCAACUUGAAGUGUUCAAUAUAAGAUUAAGGGGUUGUUUGUGGCUUAGAUUAUGUAUAU